AUGGACGAAGUUGAUGCAGAAGAAGCCGCCGGCAGCAUGACUCAAGGUCCGGCGUUCACGCCACUCUCUAAGGGCCCCAAUGACGAUGAAUUCGAAGCAGCUCAGGAUGAGCAUACCGGUGGUAUCAGUCAACAGAGCAAGAACCCUAGCAUCGUACCUUCAGACAAAAAGCGUGACGAGAAGGAUGAAAGUACCGUGGUGCAUGGUGGACCUCUGCCACCUGAUCCUCAGGAGAAGUACCAUCCUCACGACAGCUUCACACUGGAUGGCACGCUACGCCCAGCAGCGUUUGAUGCCAGUGACCAAGUUCAGAAAUGCUGGGCUGAGUGUGCAGUGAAAGAGGAAGAGCCAGAAUUGGAGCCAGAGGAGAAAGAGCAGCCAGCUAUGUGCCCGGAUGAGGUGGUGGAAGAUGCAUUACACGUGCUGCUUGAGGACAUUGUGCAGCAGGAGCUGCAGGUCAUUGGCGAAGAGUGUGCGCUUGGUGAAGUGGCCGAGCUGACAGCCACAUCCCUGCUGGAAGAAGAGACACGGCAGCUCUCCAUGGCAGCCUGCACGGAAGAGUUCCUUCACGCGGAAGAACAACGCUUGCAGGAGAAGCUUCUUGCCAAGAGGAGGACACGGGAAGAUGAGCAAAAGGCACAGGAGCACCUGAUUGAGGACAUCCUUCAUGAGGGGCUCCAGAGAGAGAUGGACGACAUUUGCAG